AUGCCUCCAUCAUCUACUGACUUCGCUCCUCCCCCGGCACCAUCCCCUAUGCAUAGCUACCAGUCAGCGCGCAUGCUACCUUCUCCUACAUCAAUCAACUUCCCAUCCGGUUCUGGCCUCCCAUCCAUCGCAUCACCCGCCCCCUCCCUCCAAACCUCAGUGCAGACGACGCACCUACAAGAGCUGCAGCAUCAAGUCAGCGUCAAGACGCUUGCUCUCCAGACCCUGCAGAAGGAAUACGACAAUUUACUACAGAGGCUGAAUCGCCAGCACACCAAAUGCGCCGCACUGGAGAGAAAGUUCGAGGUCAGCGACGUCGAGAUUAACACGCUGACGAAUGACAAAGAAGACCUAGAAGCCAGGAACGCGUCGCUGGAGGCGCAAAUCGAGGAGCUGCAGCAGAGCCGGGACGACGCAAGGCGCGAGGUCCACGCCAACAGCGCGCAAUACAUGAAGAUCCUGGAGAUGGCGAGCCGGCUACAAGCGCAGAGCUCAGAAGACAAGCGCAAAUGGGCGAAAGAGAAAGCAGAGCUAGAAGCCGCGGUGGAAGCUGCAGGCAAAGGGGUCGUCAGCGACAUCGAAAGACCAAGGCCUACUGCUGCCCGGCUCGAGGAAAUCAUCAGCCCAAGCCCCGGCCCAAGCUCUAAUGCUGCUGCCUGGCAUGCGGAUCCCCUCUGUCGCCCUGAGCCGCAGAUCAUUGCCGCGCUCCGCGUUGAGGUCGCGCAGUUAAGGAGCCGGACGCAUUCGCUCGAGGAGGCGGUGCGCUCGAUGCGCGAUGAGGGGAGCAAGAUGGCGGAGGUGGCGCGCAUGAUUGCCGACGCGGGGAGCAAGAUGGGCGAGUCGGCGCGGAAGGCCUUUGGUGAGAGAUGA